AUGAGCAUAUCAUCGUGCUGGCGACCUUUCGCGGCCUUCCUGGUGCUCGAGGACGUGCUGCUGCUGAUCUGGGGCACCGACCCCUAUCUCGCCUCGGAGCCCCUGGGUUUGCUGGGCCAGACGGAGAUCGCCGGGCUGCCCUUCGACAACUACAGCUUGUCCAUGGUGCUCCUUUCGGCGGUGGUCGCCGCGGCGCUCUGGUACGGACUCAACCGGACCAUGUUCGGCAAGCUGCUCCUGGCGGUGAUUUAUGACCGGGAGCUGGCGCAGGCCAUGGGGAUCAACGUCAACCGGGUCUUUCUCCUGACCUUCAUGCUGGGCUCGUUCCUCGGCGCGCUGGGCGGCGCGUACCAGGCACCGGCGAUCUCCGUCCAGCCCGGCAUCGGCGUGGAGGUGAUCGUACUGGCCUUCGCCGUGGUGGUCAUCGGCGGCAUGGGCAGCAUUCCCGGCGCCCUCAUCGGCUCGGUGAUCGUGGGCGUGGCGCGGGCGUUCGCGGUGCACCAGGAGCCGGCCCUGGAGCUGUUCGUCAUCUACAUGAUCAUGGCCGCGGUGCUGAUCGUGCGGCCCCAGGGGUUGUUCGCGCCCCGCCAAGGCGAGAAGCAUAUGAGCUGGCGCCGGGACAAGACGCUUUGGGGCCUCACCCUCGGCCUCGCCGGGCUGCUGCUGUUCAACUUCGUGGUGCCGGAGUGGUUCCGCAGCAUCCUCACGCUUUCCCUGGCCCGGGGAUCGGUGGCGCUGGGCCUCCUGGUGCUCUGGCGCUGCGGGCUGAUCUCCUUCGGCCACGCGCUUUACUUCGGCUUCGGCGCCUACACCGUGGGGUUGAUGGGCCGGUACCUGGGCAUCACCGACGCUUUCCUGACCAUUGCCUGCGGGGUGGCGACGGCCGGCUUGUUCGCGUACCUGCUGGGUUUCCUGCUGCGGCAGUACCGGGGCAUCUUCUUCGCGCUCCUGAACAUGGCGUUCUCCAUGAUCCUCUACGGCGUCCUGGCCAAGCUCGAGGAGCUGGGGUCCACCGACGGCAUCAGCCUGGAGGUCACGACGUAUCUCUGGUACGCGCCCCUGGGCGCCGAGAACAAGACGGCGCUGUUCAUCUUCGCGGCGAUCCUGACCUGGGGGGUGGCGGUGCUCGUGCACCUCUAUCUCCGCUCCACCCUGGGCAACAUGACCACCGCCGUGCGCGAGAACGAGAUCCGGCUGGGCUAUCUGGGGUACUCGGGCGAGCGGGCGGUCCACGCCAAGUACGUCAUAUCCGGGCUGGUGGGCGGGUUCGGAGGCGCCAUCGCCGCCCUCACCAUCGGCCACGUGGACCCGGACUCCAUGGCGUACUGGCCGGUGUCCGGGGACUUCGUGUUCAUCGCCAUUCUGAGCGGCACCGGCAACGUCGUCGCGCCCUUCAUCGGCGCGCUGAUGUACGAACUCAUACGAACCUAUGCCUUCGACCUGUUCCCGGGCAUCUGGCAGUUGAUCAUGGGCGGAACCCUGCUCGCCAUCAUCAUGUUCCUGCCCAACGGCCUGUGGUCGCUGGUGGACCGGCGGCGAAGCAGGGCCGGGGCGCGUGCGCUCCCGGCGGAAAGGGAAGAGGGAUAG